CAUUCAUUUGCCGCAUAAUGUCAGUGUGUUCUUCCGCUAAGAUUUUGCUUCUUGUACGUAGAAUAUCUCUUUCAGCUUCAACUUCUUUCACUCUUUCUCGAAGAGAAACAAUCAGUCCUUUGUAAUGUGGAAUGUUCAAUUCAGGGUCUUGAAACCUGAAAAACUUACAGCCUCCUUCUUCCAAACUCUUCCUACAACGGUAAAACCUUCUCCCCGGAUUCGUUUUAGUCCAUGAAUGCAACCUGAUAGCUCUCAUUCCACACCAGCAAAACACAUCUGCAUUGUCGAUUCCAGUGCUACCAAAUGAUGAUUGUUGAGAAGAAGCCAUGACCUACAAUUCAAUCAAUUAGACGAAUUCACCUAAACAAAGUAGUUGGGAAAUUGAAAUCAACCCAAGCCAUUACAAAAAGAACAUUUUUUGCAGUGCUACUAAACUGCUACUCUACCCUCUGCCUGCUGCUACUGUUCUACUCCAUUCUGCAAUGCUACUAUGGCUCGAAAGUCCAUUGAUUCAAGUCUGUUGCUACUGUUCUACUCCAUUCUGCAGUGCUACUAUGGCUCGAAAGAGUCCAUUGAUUAAAUGCUGCUGCUACUGUUCUACUUCAUCGAGUCCAUUGAUUUAAUUCAAUCAGACCCUAUCAUGUACUCUUAUCUUAGGGUUUGAAAGAGUUUCAAAAAAAAUCAGUAGGUGAGAAUGGAAAGGAAGAUGUACCUCGAUGACAGAUUUAGGAGCAGGCGGAACGAGGAUGCUUUUGGCUGGCUCGGUGACAGAUUGCAGCGGAACGAGGACGCUGUUGGCUGGCUCGGUUGGAACGAGGCUGCGGGUGGAACGAGGCGCUCAGGAGGAGGGAGACGGCUUUCCAGGAGGGUUCGUUGGUUCCCUCGCCGUCGUCGGAAGGAAGACUCGAGGGUUCGCUGGUUCCUUGGUUCCCUCGCCGUCGUCGGAAGGAAGAGUCGAGGGUCUGCUGGUUCCUCUCUGGUCGACAAGAGAGGUAGUCUCUCUGGUGGAAGAAUCGAUGGGUGGGAAGGAAUGGGAGGGCAUUAAACAGGGUUAAUUGGGUAAUUUCCAGGCCUAUUUAACGGCGAGUAAACAGAAAUAACAACGGAAGGGCACGUUUGUUACGACUAAAUAGUACAAGGGUAUCUUUGUGCAAAAAAAUAGUACAGGGGCACGUUUGUUACAUCGCCAUAGUACAGGGGCAGAAAAUGCUAUUAACCCAAUAAUUAAAUGGCUCUAGCUAGCUAGAUUGUCCUUCCUUCUUUCAACCAGAAAUAAUCAUUGUUGUGAAAUUCCAAAAAAUGAAUGAUUACUCACUAGAGUACACCUAACGGAGACAUAAUCAUAUUCCCCACCUCAAUUGGUUGAUUCUACAAAUCCCAUUAAGCCAAGUGAAAAAGAACAAAAAAAAUUCCAUUUAUGGAUUUUGGGGAAUAUGGGCAUAUGAUAUUAAUGGAAAACGAUUGAAAUAUAUAGUACUACAAGAUUAUGUAUAAAUUUAGUGGCCACUAUAUAUCCUCCAGACAGUUGCAAAUCUUGAAUUCCACUAUACUAUGAUGGUAGUCAUUGUUCAUAUACUAUAUCCUUGAAAUCCUCUUAUUUCAUCAAUCUCCUGUAAUUUCAUCAAUCUUGUUGUCUGUUGAUUACGGGCCGGCGGAAAAAAAAACACAUAAUAAUUUUGUAGGCAAACAUGAAUUCCUCUAACUUGGAUGAGUAUUUCAACGAAGUGGUCAUCGGUGUGGCAAAUUUUUUCAAAAAAAAAGAAGUGAGAAAGUACAUUUUUAUCCUUACUGGUACUAUAUAUAUCAUCCUAUUCGAGUUGAAAUUUAUGAAGAUAAAUAGUCAUGAAAUCGUUCAAAAGUAGAGAGCUUUUGGCAAAAAAUUUCAAAAAAAAAAGUGAGAAAAAUACAUUUUUAUCCUUACUGAUAUAUAUAUCAUUCUAUUCGAGUUGAAAUUUAUGAAGAUAAAUAGUCAUGAAAUCGUUCAAAAGUAGAGAGCUUUUAAAAUACACAUCAACUGAUAUUUUGGAAUCAACCUAUGCCUAAAUUUAUUACACCACCAACAUAUGAUGGCAAAAAACGUGUUUUGAGCUAUUCACCUCGUUGAUAAAUUUGCGGUAACAAUUCACUAUGAAAAUCAAUAAAUUUAUUAUGAUGACACAAAAAUAUUCAACACGUGUUUCUAUAGUUAAAUUAUCGCGAGCUUCCAACACAGACAUUAUUUUAAAAUUACUAUCCAGUAUCAGCAACAAGCACCAUAAUAACACAAUUUAGUUAACACGCGUCAUUGUUCAUCCACUCCUCGCGAAGGGGAGCCCGGAGCAGUGUCGACAAUUCUGAUUAGGACACGAUAUCUGGCUCAUCUGUAAAGAGUGGAUUUUGGAACAAUGAACAAAUCAAAUAAAAUGGAACAAAGAACAAAGAGGGAAGAAAGUAACCUUGUUGGACCAGAUGAAAUCAACCCAACAAAGUGGGAUGAUAGAACUUUUUGUUUGUUCUUUUGCUCAGUGCCAGUGGUGCAGAUGACUGGAGUGCUAGCUGAAUGAUGAUCAUCCAUUUCCAAGAUUUGUUUUCAUCGUAUAUAAUAAUAAUAAAAGAUAAUGUUUUCU